AUGCCAACAAACCGCUCUGUCAUUGCGAAGCCCAAGGCGAGGUCCGGCUGUGUGACCUGCAAAUCUCGACAUGUUAAAUGCGACGAGCAGAAGCCCGCCUGUCUGCGAUGUAGGUCCUCCAAGCGGAUAUGCGGAGGUUACACUGUCGUCCCCAAAUCAGCGCCUUCUGCAACAAAUCUUGUCGACGAUGAGGAGCGCCGAGGUUUCCUCUACUUCCAAGCUAGAACCAUCCGCAAGAUAUUCGGGCAGCAAGACGCACAGGAUUGGAUUCCCCUCAUCCUGCAACUUGGUCAUGCAGAAGCACCCGUCAAACAUGCCAUCAUAUCCCUCGCAUCCCUUCAUCGUAGUCUUGAGCCUACAGAACAUUUGCUGUACCCUUGUUCCAAGAAUCCCAAACAGGCCAUCGACAAGGCGCAGGUCGUUGCGCUGAAGCACUACAACGCGGCAAUCAAGAUUCUGAGAGUCGAGCAACCUGAUAUGACCACUCGUCCGGACCUGGUAAUGAUCCUAUGCAUCCUAUUCGUUUGCAUUGAGCAAUUUCGUCGUAAUGACGCUACCUGCCUCACACAUCUUCUCGCUGGGUUCAGGCUGAUCAACUGGUGGAGGUCUUUUACCAGUAGCUACGACAAGCUCAGACACUUCUCCAAGCCAACCAUGGAACUGGUGAAUGACAAGAUCACCCUUGUUCUUCAGCGGCUGCGCGUCCAGUUCUCGCUCUGUAUGGACUCCAGGCAUGAUCUGCACGAUGCCCUUGAUCUCCCCUCUUUCCCACCACCGACCAUCCCAACUUGCUAUGACUCGCUCGACGCUGCCAGGAUGGAUUUUGACCGUAUCAUGAACUACGCCUUCUCCGUUCUGCAUCCUCGCGGGAUCACAGUUUCUUAUGAACCAGCACAAGAUGUCAUCUCCAUUCUUGGCCGAUGGAAGCAAGCAUUAGACACUCUUGAUUCCCAAACAGAGGGCCGUACGACGCUGCAACGGUGUAUACGGAAAUUGCUCGAGAUUUAUAGCCACAUAUCGAUCAUCAUCGCUAGCACAUACAAUGUGGAAUUCGAAACAACAUUCGAUGAUUACACUCCCCGAUUUCAAGCUAUCGUGGACCUUGCCGACGACCUGGUGCAUUACUGGCAGAUUGUACCGCAGGAAUUCAGCUUGCUCUAUAGUUUCGACUUGGGCCUCACACCGCCCAUGUUCCUCGUUGCGUCACGUUGCCGGCACUCUCGGAUAAGACGCAAGGCCAUGGACUUGAUGCUGAAUUCUCCCUUCUAUCAUGGAGCUUGGCAAGAUCGGUACUCUGGGCUCUGUGCACGGCGGAUGAUUGAGAUUGAGGAGUUGGGGCUUGAGGAGGGCGCGUUCGUGCCCGAGAAGGCGCGAAUACGAAAGGUAUAUGCUGACCUUGAUGAAGAGAAUGAGCAGAUUGUCAUGCAGUACUUAUGCAAUCGAAAUAAUUAA